AUGAAAUUGGCUGCCUGUGCCAGCGCGUCUGUCAUCAAAGCGUGGCCAACAGGCGGCAGGCAGCAGUCAGCGGAAACGGUAAAAGAGGCUGUUUUCACCGACGGUACAGAAUCUCCCAUAUUAGUCGAAUCUGAUGCAGAUGGACACGACAAACCGCGAGUGCGAUAUGGAGAACUGGUUAUACUUGGUUAUAAUGGUUAUUUGCCGCAAGGUGAUCGCGGGCGGAGGCGUUCUAAAUUUGUACUAUACAAACGCACAGAGCCGAACGGUGUGAAACGUUCCAAACACUAUAUCGUCCAAUCGCCACAGACAUCGAAAGCUAUACUGGAUGCCAAUCAACACUCGAUAUCUUACACACUGUCACGCAAUCAAGCUGUCAUUGUCGAAUACAAAGAGGACACGGAAACGGAUAUGUUUCAGGUCGGCCGUUCAUCCGAGUCCCCCAUUGAUUUUGUUGUUAUGGACACAUUGCCCGGCGAUAAGAAAGAUGCUAAGGUCAUGCAAAGUACAAUAUCACGUUUCGCAUGUCGAAUACUGGUGAACCGAUGUGAGGCGUCCAAAGCGCGAAUAUUUGCCGCGGGCUUCGACUCAAGCAGAAAUAUUUUCUUGGGCGAAAAAGCCACUAAGUGGCAGGACAAUGUCGAAAUCGAUGGUCUCACCACAAAUGGUGUACUUAUAAUGCAUCCAAAGGGUCAAUUCUGCGGCGGCAAUGCCAAAUGCGGUCUCUGGCGUGAAUGUUCGGUCGGUGGUGAUGUGUUCAGUCUGCGCGAAUCAAGAUCAGCACAGCAAAAGGGACAGCCGAUUUACGAUGAAUCAAAUGUGCUGCAAGACGGCACACUGAUUGACCUGUGUGGUGCCACGCUGCUUUGGCGCUCAGCCGAGGGUCUCCAGCAUUCGCCGACUAAACGCGAUUUGGAAAAGUUAAUCGAUGAAAUCAAUGCUGGACGCCCGCAAUGUCCGGUUGGCUUGAACACCUUAGUAAUACCUAGAAAAGUGAAUAUUGGUGAUCAAGUGAAUCAGCCUUAUGUGUACUUAAAUUGCGGACAUGUUCAGGGUCAUCAUGAUUGGGGUCAAGAUAAGAGUACUGGUGCUCGUCGCUGUCCCAUGUGCCUCGAAGUUGGUCCGGUGGUUACGCUUUGUAUGGGUUUGGAACCGGCCUUUUACGUCGAUGUCGGUGCACCCACGUUCGCUUUUAAUCCAUGUGGUCACAUGGCGACUGAGAAGACAGUCAAGUACUGGGCCAAUGUUGACAUACCACAUGGCACGAAUGGCUUUCAAGCAGUUUGUCCCUUCUGUGCGACGCCACUGGAUGGUUCAUCUGGCUAUAUUAAGUUGAUUUUCCAAGAUAAUUUAGAUUAAAUUAGCAUAAAAUAGUUUAUAUUUUAGUUAACUAUACAAACAGAAUUUGAAACAUAUUUUGAAUGCAUACAGGUCGAGAUGUUAUGGGUUAUCAUCCGUGCGACUUGCAUAACUAAGUAAUUACAAAGCGCAUUUUAUUGGGAAAGAGCAUUUGAAAUGAAAUGAUUUUCAAUGAAGUUUCGAAAAUUAAUGCUUUUAUUGUAUAAUCAAACUUUUUGAGUUGAUAUUUGUAUUUUUGUUUUUAUUCACAAAUGCAUUGGCAUAAUUAUAAUUUAUUUGCCAUUCGAGCAGAAUAUUUACAAAUUAUUUUAAAUAUAAACUGAAUAAAUUUAUAUACCUAAACAUGCGUAAACAUACAUGGAAAUUAAGAGAUACAAGGAAGUAUUACGACAACAACAAAAAUUGUAACAAUUUACAUGAAGGAGGCGAGGCGCAUGUAACUUGUGAGCGUAGCGAAAAGAUUAAAAAAAAAAAGCAAAAAGCAAAAUAAAAGUAAAAUUAAAAAUAUAUAAAAAAAAAUAAAAAAAUAACAAAUAUAUAAUAUAAUGAAUGCAAAUAAAAAUGUAGUACUGCAAAGAAAGCUAAAAAUGAUGCAUUGUAAUGAAUUGUAAAAGAAUGUAAAAAUUAUAAGUAUCGUAAACUAAUAAUAAUAAUAAUAAUUAAACAGAACUUGGAAUGCGAGAAUACCAUAUACACAUAUACAUACAUAUAUUCUACGAUUUAAGACGAUCACAAACACACAAAAGCGAAUGGGCCACGAGCAUGCAUACACACGUACAUACACAAAAACAUUUAAGAAUUUAGAGCUUAAUGAGAAAUAAAAGAUAAAAAAAAAACCAAAAAAACACCAACAACAAACCAAUAGUACUACGAAUGUAAGGCACUCUAGGGCUAAGGCUACAAAGCAGUAGAUGAAGGAUGUGUUUGUAUGUAUGUAGUUAUGUGAGGAAAUGUAUAAUAAUAUAUAUAAAUAUUAGGUUGGGGGAAAAAAUCCAUUUUUUUUGCGUAAAACUUUUGCGCAAAUGGUUUAAAACUAUUUUAUGGUUGCGACUACUAAAAUAUCGGUCAAUUUGUGAUUUAUCGACAAUUAUCAAUAUUUUUUUUAACAUCAAAAAUCCCUGAUCGGAGUCGACGAAACCAAAAUUGCACUCAAUUGGCUGUUAUAGUAUCGGUACCAUAAUAUAUAUAUAUAUAUAUAUACAUAGGUAUAUAUAAUUGGUGCGUACACCCCUUAUGUAUAUUUGGCCGAGCUCCUCCUCCUAUUUUUGGUGUGCGUCUUGUUGUUGUUCCACAAUUGCAGGGACCUACAGUUUCAAGCCAACUCCGAACGGCAGAUAUUUUUAUGAGGAGCUUUUUCAUGACAGAAUACACUCGGAAGCUUGCAUUGCCUGCCGAGGGGCGACCGCUAUUAGAAAAAACCUUUUCUUCAUUUUCUCCUUUCACCGAGAUUCGAAUCUACGUUUCGGCACCAUAAGUACCAUUCACAAUUUCAGCGACCUGGCUUGCAUUUUCGCCUUUAUCAAGGAAAAACUGUAAAAUGUACCGAAUUUUGUCUUUGUUGACUUUCAUUGUUAACACCCUGUAGCUCACAACUGUAUGGAACAAUUAAAAUACGGCAAGCGAAUUUUUUUAGUGUGAAAUGUCACCUUGACAACGACCAUAAACUUAAAAUUGUUUGUUCGAUAUUUUACGAGAUAUCGACCACUACAGCCAUCUACCGAGAAAAUUAUGAAUUUCUUUUUCCCCAAACUAAUAUUUCUAUAUAUACAUAAUUAAACUUUUCCAUACAUAACUACAUACACGCAUACAUGCAUUCAUAAAAUUAUUCGUUAGGCAGUCGCAUAUGUACAGUUUAUCAGCGUAAAUCUCCAACGGGCGUUGCAGUGAUAGCUACAUUUUUGAUUUUUGUUUUUUUUUUUGGUGUGUUUUGUUUUUUUGGUACACUCGCCGUAAAUAUUGCUGUGGUGGUGAAUUUCCGUAGAAUGCUUUUGGUCCGUCUUAUAUCGCUGUUUUGGCUCCCUUUUCGGCAAAGGAAUUUUAAUGAACUGAGAUCUUCGUCACUAAGUGCAAUUCCAACAAUCUCCUCCUCUUGCUUUUUAAUUCCUUAAUUCGAUAAAAUACAAAAUAAUUUACAAAUAUAAAAGAACAAAAAACAAAUGUGCAUAUAUGAAAUUGGAAAUAAAAGAAGAAGAAGAAAACAAAAAAAAGAGUAACAAAAAAAUAUAUCCUUUAACUAAAUUCAAACCAAAAUCUAAAUGUGGCUUCAUGCGCAAAUGUAAUUGUAAAAAUAAAAUUACCACUAGAAUUAAAAAACAAAAAACAACAAUAAACAUUUAACUGGAUUUAGAAAUUAAAAAAUUUACGUAAUUGUAUGCACAAUUUGCAUGCGUUUAAUAUUUAUAUUAAUAAACUUGCGAAACAAAAUUGAAUCGUAUGCAAAAACCAGUAAACAAAAUAAUCAAAAGCGUUUAUGCUAUAAAUAUAUUUUUUAUUACAAAAAUAUACAUUUAAAUAAUAUUUCGUUCAAUAAAUUCGGAUGUUUAACAAAUUCGGUUUUCGCGAAUACGCAAAUAUUUUAAUAAAAUUAAUUUUAGUUAAAAAAAAAUUUUCAUUAAAUUCGGUUUUCGAUAAUACGCAAAUAUUUGAUAAUAAAAAAAAAAUAGUUUUCAUUUGAAGAAAUUCUAACGUUUCAUAGUAAAUUAAUUUCUGAUUUCUUAUUUUGUUCAAAAAAGUGCAAACAGUAAACCUCUGCAUAUCGUUACGUUAAAAAAUUUGAUUACGUUUUCGUUGUGCAAACAAUUUUCCCAGUUAUUAAAAUUAACCGUUAUUUAGUUUUUGCAAAUACAAAAAAAGAAAA